GCCCCAUUACCCUGGAAACUGCCCCUUCUUCUCACGCUCCUCUCCUUAUCCUCUUUUCCUCUCCUUCUCUCGCUGCGAGAAUGGCUGCGACCCCGGCCUUGAAGGUCCUAUCAAUGGCGGAGGCCUGUCUCACCUCCCUCCCUUCCACCAUUUUCGCCUCUAAGACCCCUCAAUCCCUCGUUUCCAUCCCCCCCAGACCUAUCUAUAAACCUUUGCUCCAUCUCUAUGUCUCGCCGUCAACUCCUUUCCUUUCUCUCAAGAAAAGCUCUUCUUUGAUUCCACUUGUGGCCCAGACCUCUGAUUUUGCGCGCCAGGAUGAGGAGGGCACUGUUGUGGAAGCGGAGGGAGUCGAUCCAUUGGUGGACUGGGAAUCGGAUGGAGGAGAGGAUGGUGCUGUUGAGGCCGAAGGGGAGGUUGAGGAGGAUGGUGGUGAAGGUUUUUACCCGGAGCCACCGGAGGAGGCCAAGCUCUUUGUUGGUAAUAUCCCUGAUGACGUGGAUAGCGAGAAGCUUGCUCAUCUUUUUGAAGGGGCUGGGAUUGUAGAUGUUGCCGAGGUGAUUUAUGAUAGGAACACACAACAAAGUCGAGGUUUUGGGUUUGUGACCAUGAGUACUGUUGAAGAGGCACAGAGAGCUACGGAGAUGUUCCACCGUUAUGAUGUUGGUGGCAGGCUUUUGACAGUUAACAAGGCAGCUCCUAGAGGAACUCGCCCUGAAAGAAGAGACUAUGAGCCAUCUUUUAGAAUCUAUGUUGGGAAUCUCCCAUGGCAAGUGGAUGAUGCGCGCUUGGAGCAAGUAUUUAGUGAGCAUGGUAAAGUGGAAGAAGCAAGGGUGGUCUACGAGAGAGAAACUGGACGAUCUCGUGGUUUCGGUUUUGUGAAAAUGGCAACGCGGACAGAAAUGGAUGAUGCCAUUGCUGCUCUUGAUGGACAUACUCUGGAUGGUCGUGCCCUCAGAGUGAAUGUUGCAGAGGAAAGACCUCGGCGUAGGCCAUUUUAAUUAUAUUUCUCGAUGUUCCUACCAUUGUGCGACUUGUAGGCCAGUUUGUACAACAGCAUCUUAAUGCUAUUCUUGUGGUUAUUUCUACUAAUGUUUACUGUUGUGGAACAAAGAAAAUUUCCCCCUUUUUUUAAUUUCCUUUUUUGUGUUUUGAUAACCUUAAUUAUAAGGUUUUCACUGCCUUGAACUUAUCAUUUGGCGAUUAUGUUUUUUAUCCAGAGAUGAUUUAAGUUA